UAAACAGUAGGUGCGCGCGAGAAAAAUCAAGGCAAAAAAAAUUAGUGCAUUCAACGAGAUAAUUUCAAUCUUUCUUCUUUUUUUCUCAUUAAAAUUCGUGUGUGUUUGUAAGAAAUGAAUAUUUCUCCGCAUACGGAGUACAAAUUGAUUGAACUCACGAAAGUAAUUCGAAACUAAGAGUACCGAUGUGAAUAAACGAAGGAAAAGUGGUCAAUUGAAUACACAUAUUAUCAUUGUUUUUUGCUCGCACAAAUUGAUAUGUGAAACCACACAUAGGGCAUACAUUAGCCAAUAUGACUGUUAUGUUCAUCAUUCACUUUGAUAUGGAGAGCAGCCAAUGUAUUAACACACAAAUGCAGAAAGUGUAAUUUAAACGACGGAAAGAUACCGUAGUGCUGCUUUUUUUCUUGAACACAUGCAAAUUAUUCGCAUUUUGUUGCAAUUUUCUUUGGGCUAUAGCACUUUUACUGAACAGUUUUCGCAGACGAUAAGUGCACAUAAAAACGCUGUCAAUGUUUUCUAAUUGUCUUGAUGUCUGCGUUGAAUUUGUUUUGACAACACUGGUACCAACAACAAUAAAUCCAAACCACAACGAACCCAAAAUCGAAAUUUUUGAGUAUUAGGAAAUGAAGAAUAAAUAAAAUAAAAAAAAUGAACAAAAAGUUCAUUAUUAUGAACUAGAUAAUAAUACAAAUCGCAUAUAUUAACAUAAUAUAGUAUUGCGCUUGGUUUAGUGUGAUGUAACAAAUGCUGCUUUUCUGAUUUUAGAAAUAUCGUGAAUUCGAAGGAAGUUAUAGCAGACGAAUUACUUUGAAGUUCCAAAUCUGAAAAUACAGCGAUCGCUAGAUUUCCAACAACAUAACCUAAAAUCGAUUGAGCAUCAUUUGGCUAUUGGAGUGGCAGUGUUUCUGAAGCCAUUUACUUUGCUUGAACACGCAACCGGAAGACAUGGAAAGAAUAUCGUCCGUGUCAGCUAAUUCAACGUAUUACUUACAGAAGAACGUUGUGUAGAAAAGUCAUUUGAGUUGGAUUUUAAAUGGGUGAUGAUGGCGCAUAGUGCAAAUAUGAUGAUAGAUAAUAUGUCAGAUUCGGAUAGUUCCGAUUCAUCGGAGAGUGGUACGUCGUCAAGUGCAUCGUCAAACAGUUCGGAAUCAGAACAAUCGAGUCAAUCCCUUGAGCCGGCCCGUAUUCUAAAACAAAACCUUGAACUCCCAAAGGGUCUAUGUGAAAAUCUCAGCAUUUUCAAUGAAUUCUUUUCGCUUGAUACGUGGCGAUGUCUACCCGAUCACAUGAAAGAUCAGUUGAAACCGCUUUUGCCAAAUUUUUCAGGUGUUUGUGACAAUGACAAAAAAGAGAUUCAACGCGAAACCAAUGCUACGGUACAGAAAUUAUUCACAAAUCAAAUUACUCGUUUCGAGUCAUCGCCGCUGAUCGAUUUCCAACGAAAUCUGGAGGAAGGGAACUAUCGACCAGAUAUUUCACGGUUGCGAGCCAAUAUCAAGAAAAGUCAACGUCGAGAGCAACGAUUCCAAAAUUGCGAACGCAUCAGUCAGCUCGCCAAGUCUCUAACUGUUUCAUGUGAACAACAGUUGAGGCACGCUUACGAUGGUAUGGCCAUCGAAACGGUAAACCGAAACAAAAAGAAGAAAUCACCAAACAAGUUGGUUGCAAAUGCAGCAGCCAUUCGAUCGAAGAAACGAUAUUUUGAGGAGAUUGCGAAAAUUCGCGAAGAAGUUGGCUUAGACUCGGAUCUGUCUGACGAUGACAAUUACCCAGACGGUCUAGCAAAGAAACCAAAACGAAAUGUUGGAAACAAUCAAGUUGGACUGAACACCGGUUCAGAGCCAAGAAUCAUCAGUACUAUGGCUUCAAAGAGCAGCAUUCAAUCGUCCAAUCAACAGUCACUUGUCGGGAAUCCAGAUGCCGAAGAAAUAUUACGAGAAUUGCUUCUGCAACACAAAACACGAAAACAAGAGGAUCCGGAGCACAUUGAAUUGGAUACAUCGGAAAUAAAGAUAAGCGACAUUUAUGCACGAACAUAUAAUACGCCAGGACGAAAACCAACCGUAAAAGUGCCUAUAAAUACCGAUUUUGAUGUAAACCAAAUUAAGAUCGAGCCCGAUCUGAAAAUCGAUCAUAUGGAAACUGAUUUGUUACCGCCGGUCAGUUCAUCGUUCGACAUUCCAUCGAUGGAUACAUCUCACAUCAGUCUGUCGUCACAGUUUGUUGGUCUGCCACGGAACAACUCAUUCUUGGAUAAGAUAUCGACAAUAUCACCGACAAUGAGUAUGAAAGACUCACUGGGCGAUAUUGGCCAGUUGAAGCCGGAGAUCAAGGAAGAGAAACUAGAAGCAGACGUAUGCAAACAGUUCCUCAAAGAUGAUGAUUUUAAACCAAAUAGAUCAAUUGAAUCUCUUGACACAAAGAACCGUUCCGGCGUAAUGUUCAGCUCGGCUGGUAACAAAGAUAAGAAGAAACAGGUAUACGAUGUGCUGAUUGGUAAUCCGAGCUCAAAACCAUCGCUGUAUGUGAAAGACGAAAAUCUGAAUGCAUCCAGCAUUGAUCCAAAAUUCAACGAAAACAUCCUGCCACUUGUUUCUUCUAUUACAACACCAACCAUUUCAUGUUCCAUGUCAUCCGAUAUGAAAAUAGACAAAAGUCCCGGUGAUAAGCUGCUAAAGAACAACAGUUCAUUGACAUUUUCCGAUAAAUCACUGAAAGCGGACUCAUUCAGCGAUUUGGAUGGUAUUGACAUUAUGCGAUUACCGGUUGAUCUUGGCGAACCGGGCAAUAUUGACAUUUUGGAUCAUAUUGUUGCUGAUAUGAAACCGGAUCUGCUUCAAGAGACACAUGCCUGUUUCUUAUCGCUCAUUCGAGACAUAUUUUGCUCAACACCUGACCAUCGAAUCACAUUGGAAAGUUUACAUGGAAAGAUCUCGGCUUGGGUGGCCAAUCCAAUAACAGCGCUAAAUGACUGGUAUGGCCUAGCGGACAGCUGGUUAGAUUUGCUGCAGUCGGCCGUUUACUUUCUCGCGGGAGAGUUUGUCGAUCAACCGGAUGAUUUUGUUCCAUACAUUGAAUACAAGUCAAAUUUGAACAUCUACCAAUGGAUCGGGGCUGGCCGGGACCGGGAUCAGCAUUUGAAACAGCUGUGCGAAUAUUGGCUCACACGACGCAAUGAAAUGGGUAUAAAACCACAUUCGAAGGUGGAAACGGAGAUAUUUCGAAGCAAGCCAAACAAUAUCGUUUCAAUCGAAGAAACUCGUGCAAAUGCUUCAGACAGAGCAGUUUCACCACCACCGCUUCCGCGUUGUCCAACGAACUGGAUUGUACAGAAAGCAUCGGCCGAAGAAAUCCUCGAGUUUCGUGAACAAGAACGCAGACGUUUUGAGCACCCCGACAGAGCAUUUACAUACCGUAUGCAUGGCUUUGAAAGUGUUGUUGGUCCAGUAAAGGGUAUUUAUACACAAAUUCCAGCAAUGACCAAAGCACGUGGUCACACUAUGCUUACGACUGAUCGCCCUAGUUUUGUGACAAUUUUAACAUUGGUACGUGAUGCAACGGCAAGACUUCCGAAUGGUGAAGGCACACGAGCCGAUAUUUGUGAACUGCUCAAAUCAUCUCAAUACCUUUGCCCGUCAGCGUCUGAAACGGUGCUGCAAACGAUUGUCAGCGGGGCACUUGAUCGGAUGCACACGGAAAAUGAUCCAUGUGUGCGGUAUGACUCGAAGCGAAAAAUCUGGAUUUAUUUGCAUCGAAAUCGAACGGAAGAAGAGUUCGAGAUUAUGCACCAACAAUUCCAAGGUCUCAGCAAGCACAAGAAACAGAAUACACGCAAGUCAAAAGUGAAGAAUUCCACGCCAAAAACGCCCGACUCAAAUCUAGCGGAGAAUAACCCGCCAGCCGAGUGUUCUGAAUUAUUGAUUAAUUCACCAUCUGCUCCUUUGUCGAAUGCCGCGAUUCCGAUUGGGACGACGCCAAAGAAAAAGGUCACCAUCAAAACGAUACCGGCUCAAGGAAUUGUUGCAAUAUCUGGCGCAACGCAUCACGCACCAACAAAUGCUCAGCCAACAAUUCCGGCAACAGUAAAACUAACACAACCACCUGUAAUUAUCUCAUCGAUGAGUUCGCUUCCAGUUCCUGCUCUCAGUUCCAUCAAUUCACCUACGCUCACCACAAAUCCACCGCCGUUGAUUAACAAAGUUAUAACGACGCAAAAGAAAACGAUCAUCAAACCGGAAUUGGUGCCGAUUCAGCAGAUGAAUGAAGCCAAAGUUGAAGCGAUGGACAUUGAAACGACUCUAGAAAAUGCACCGAUCAUAAUAAGCAAAUCGCCGACAGUACAAAACCAACAAGCGCAAAUUACAGGGAUUAUAAUAGAUAAAAAUCAAAAGAUCAACACGAAAAUCAUUGGCAAACCAACCAUUGGCAUUGUUUCUGCAGCUCCUAGCUCAGCCGCUCAAAUAAAAGUUUCAACUGCUGGUGGCAUUCAAACCGUUCACGUUUCACCCGGUCACACACUCAUUAAAUCGCAACAGGGUCAAAACGCUCUGUUGCAAACCACCGGCGGUAAUCAAUCGAUCUUGACGGCGAAUCAAAUGCGUCGUUCACAGCAUACAAAAGCUCUUCCGCCCUUGGUUGCUGCACAGUCACCGUCCAAUCACAGCUACGUUAUACCGAUAAGCAUUGGAAAAAGUGUUGCCAAUGUUAACAAAACGUUUCAACCGGUUGUUGCCCAAACCACCACGAAAUCCAUCUCACCGAAAACCAUCAAAACGUCAACAGUACCAAUUUCGGCCACUUCGAAUAGUCUACAACGCACUUCGUUGCCACAAAUUGUGACCGUUAGCGGCAACAAAACAAUCAUACGCACGGCUGCCAAUACCGUUCCGGCUGGAAAGAGUUUGAUAAAUCCAUCGGUGGUUGCGGCAAAUCGGCAGCAGCAAACCACUAUGCAAAUCAUUCAAGCCAAAUCAUUGUCACAGCAAAAUAUCAUUGUUUCGCCGAGCGGAGCAAAUGUGAUUGGCGGCAAUCAGAAAGCAACAAUUGUCGGUACAUCGUCACCAAUUAUGGUCCAGAAGCUUAUUGCGGUUUCGAAAACUGGCACUCCCACCAGCAAUGUAAUGGUUACCAGUUCUCCAUCUAUCUGUAAUGUUAAUACGAUCGGAACGACAACAACACCGCCCGGUACGAGUCUCAUCAAUCCGCAAAUCAUUCAAAUUCAUCAGACAAAUCAAGAUAAAGCACCGACAACAGCAAAAGUACAAACAAUAUCCACCGCAAAUCUCUCUCCAAUGCAGCAACAGAGUUUGCUUCAAUCAAUCAACAAACAAAUCCGUGUGCAAGGCAUCCAGCAAAGUGGUACCGGUCAACAAAAUUUGAUCAUUAAACCGCAGCAAGUUCUGACACAAAUUCAAAAGCAAAUCCAACUGGCUCCCGUUCAAACGAGCUCCUCGUUGAUUGACGCCCAGAUUCAGUUGGUAUCGACGGCAUCGGCCAGCAAUACUCAGCCAAUCAUUUCUAGAGCGGCUGUUAAAUCAACCACAAGUCUCAUUCAAACGUCAUCAACGACCAGUCCGGUAACUAGUGUUCGCACCAUUUCCGCUAACAGUCCAUUGAUUGGCAAAAUGAUUACCGAUCAAUUUAUAUCUUUGGAAAAUCUCGUGCAACAGAACAAAGUGAAUAUGUCGUCAGUACGUAUAGCCACUGCAAAACCCGGGCAAACCACAAAUCUUAUCCAAUUGACUGGAACGCCGGGCUCUCAAAUGACACAAUAUGCCGUCGUUUCAAUUCCCCAGCCACGUUUGGUGACAACACCGGCGGCCAAUACAAAUGCAUCGACAAUAAGUGGCCAAGUCGUUUCGGUGAGUGGAGUGAAGACAUCAUCUGGUGUGUCAGGCUUAUCGAAUGUAAGUUCAAGUGCCUCAAAACCUGAAAUCGUGAAAAUCAGUGGAAAAAACACAAUGAUUUCGCAUCCAACAAUAAUCCAAAGCCAACAAUCGGGUGCGGUCACACCAAAAAUUGUGCAAUCGGCCCAAUUGCAGCCAAUCACAGCGCAGCAGCUGAUCAAUGCAAAGGUUCUGGGUGUACAAGGUUUCCAGGGAAUAUCACCAGCCACACAGCUCAAUCAACGAGUUAAGGCGGGUAGUAUUCGAAUGGUGAACGCUUCAAAUUUGAACAUAGCCAAUAUUGAUGGGAAAUCGAUCAUAAUUGCAAAAGCACCAACGCAAAUGAUUCAGUCGCCUGGCCAAAUCUCAAAGUCAUCACUAUGGACGCAGCAAGGUAAUAAUGUCGGAAAGGCUAAUAUCAUAAGUACCCUACCGGCUGGUAGCCAAAUUCAAGGUUCACAAGUUAUGUUUGGCAAUCAAAUUGUGAAGAUUCAACCACAACAGUCCAUCGCUUCGGUACAAUCGGGCAAUUCGUCAACACCAACGAUGUCUGUUAUAAAUUUGAAUGCCAAUUCGGCGAAUAGCACAGGAACCACUGCGACAGCCAGUGUAUCGAAUGUUGUGACGGGAUCAAGAACCGGUCAAACCGUUGUGCUCGGUUCAACUGGUCAAGCAAUUAAAGUACAUGCACCAACCAUGAUGACGACAACCGCCGGCGACAAACCAACGUUUAAGAAUAUCAUCAAAGGAGCGGCACCUGGCCAAAGGGUGGUUCUGGCCGUACAAGGUGGAAGUCAAUUCAUAUUGCCGCAAAAUUUCCAAGGUGGUACAAUCAAUUUGAAAUCAUUACAAGGUCUCAAGAUGAUUCCGAUACAGCAAACUACACAAAUUCAAUCGAACAUAAAUUCACAAAUCACUGGCAACCAAUCAAUAAAACCGCCCAAUUCAGCUACCGGUGACAGCUAAAUUGAACAUUUUGUGAACGAAGUAUAUGCGUUCUGUCAAAACUACGACAACAUUCUUUCAGAAUCAUCAUUUUUGAAAGCAUUUGAACUAAAUAAACGAAUAAUCAUGGUGUAUCCACGGUUUAUUUGCUUGAACGAAAUUGCAUGUUCAAUGUAUAUAAAAAGAAAACCACUUAUUUUCAAUUGGAAAAUAAUAUUAUGAUCUAAAUCAAUGUAAAUUAAAUUGAUGUUGAUACAAUCAUCAAUACACCGAUUAAACGAAUAAUAAUUCUAGUACUUUAAACAACAACAAUAAUAAUAAUCAUAGAUGCAGAUUAAACGCGCGUUUUGAUUUCAAGUAACAUUCAUUUUUAUCGUUGUUUAACAUACAAUUUCCCAAUACUCAUGUAGCAUAGCGGAGAACGAUUUAAAUGAUCAAGAUUUUGCUUUUUGUCAAAUACAUCAUUGUUGUAGGAAAAUGUAAUUGUUGCAUGAACUGAAAAACCGUAGCAAUAAAAACAAACAAUUAGAUUAUUUGACCAUUUUCGAAAA